AUGUCUCCGAUCCUUUGUGCUUCUCUGUUCAGAUCACUGCUCUUAAUGGUGCUGGCCGUGCUGUCAGCCAGCAGUUCUGCCUACGGGAAGGUGAUACAGCCUGGACUCAAGCCGGAGAGCCUCUUCAAGCAAGCAUAUGCUGGAUGCGUGACCCAAAAAGAUUCAAAAUUCCCUCAAACUGUGAGAGUCAACAUAAGCAUCAGCAACACGAACCAGGACACCAAAGUGACUCUUGAUGUCAGCAACCGCUCUCUGGCUCCAUGGGAUUACAGGAUCGAUGAGGACCACAACCGUUUCCCCCAAGUGAUUGCUGAUGCCAAGUGCCGCCACUCCAGGUGCGUGAACUUGGACGGGCAGCUGGACCACAGUGUCAACUCCGUCCCCAUCAAACAGGAGAUCCUCGUCCUCCGGAGGGAGCAGAAGGGCUGCCACCAGUCAUACCGGUUGGAGAAGAAAAUAAUCACUGUGGGCUGCACAUGUGUCACCCCCUUGAUCCGACACCAGGCUUAA